ACGAGGCGGCUGAGAUAUGGAGGCCUCUCCGUCAGCCCCGCCGUCCGAGUCCGCCGAGACCGCGGUCUCCACCUCGACGUCGGCGGGCCCGAGCGGCGUGGAGCAGCUGGACAGGGAACAGAUUCGAAAGGCUGUGGACGCCCUCGUGACCCAUUCCAAGUCCUGGAGAAAUGACAGUGGGCUGCUCCUGAACGAGAACGACCACUUGUUUCUGAUGGUGAUCCUGUGGAAGAUUCCCAAGAAGGAGCUGAGGCUCAGACUGCCUCUGCCUCACAGUAUUCGAUCCGAUUUAGCAGAAGUCUGUUUAUUCGUCAAGGAUGAACCCAAUUUAACUCCUGAGAACACAGAAAGUGUCUAUAGAAAGCUUUUGAAAAAGCGGGGAGUUAAAACCGUUUCUCAGAUCAUACCUUUUCGAAUCUUGAAGACAGAAUAUAAAGCCUAUGAGGCCAAGCUCCGCCUCCUGGGCAGCUUUGACUUCUUCAUCACAGAUGCGAGAAUCCGGCGGCUUCUGCCCUCCCACCUGGGCCGACAUUUCUAUCAGAGAAAGAAAUUUCCAUUGCCUGUCAACCUUUUGUCCAAGGAUCUUUCCAAAGAGAUCAGUGCCUGUGUGGGUGGAACUGUUUUAAACAUCUCUAAGAAUGGUUCUUGCAGCACCAUACGUGUUGGUCACACUGGGAUGCAGGCUCAACACAUUGUCGAGAACGUCAUUGCCGUGGCUGAGAAGCUUUCCCAGAAGCUGCCCAAGAAGUGGGAGAGCGUAAAACUCCUGUUCAUGAAAACUGAGAAGUCCGUCGCACUGCCCAUCUUCUCCUCAUUCAUCAGCAUGGACGAAAAAGACAGACUGUCGGUCCAGAAACUCAGGAGCAAGGAGACAAAAAAGAAGAAGAAAAACCAGGAGAAACAAAAACCGAAAAAGAAAAACAGAAAGCUAGCGCCUAAGGCUAGCAAGGCUGGGCCAGUCCCGGGUAAAGACAAGCAAGUAGCCCCAGCAGCUAGUGCUCCCACAAAGGGGCCCAAGUCCCCCAAGGCAAAGCCCAGCCAGAAAAAAGCCCCGCUAAAAGCGACAGAGGAAUCCGAAGAUGAAAUUCCACAACUGGUGCCAAUAGGAACAGCUCCGGCUAAAGAAGAUGUCGAGGAAAAACCUUCAAAAAUGAAGCCUAGUCCCAAGAUACCUCAUGGCAAGAAGAGAAAAGCCUUGCCAGCUUCAGAGACCCCAAAAGCCACAGAGCCGGAGACCCAUGGGAAAGGGCCAGUGAAGAAGCCGAAAAUCAAGCUACAGACAGAGAAAGAAAAAAGGUCUUUGCUUGGGAAAAAGGACCCGAGGCAAACUCAAAAAAAGCCCGAGGCCAAGUUCUUCACUGCUUCUAGCAGAUCUGCCCAGAAGGCUCCCCUCACCCCCAAGCAGCGGCCAGAGAAGCCCAAAGUGCCCCAGUCGUCCUGACGCUGACCCAGGCGGAAGGAGGCCACAGAGCUGUCUGAGGAGCCUGGCCACACACUCUAGUCCUGGCGUCCACUGCAGCCUCUCUGAGGAGGGAGGUGUGGACUUCACUGUGAUCCAGCUGUAAGAACUGUACUGUGAGGUCAAGUCUGUUUUAUUGCCCUGUGUAUUUGCUGAUGAGGGGAAAUGGAAUGUUUCUCCAUGGAUGUAUUUUUAUGAUUAAAGUGCAGUGUUGGCUUCUGAA